AUGGUCAACAAGUUUUUCCUUCGCGGCCUUGGUUUCCUCAACGACGCGUACGACCUCUCGGUCAUCAACAUCAUCAACGUCAUCUUGGAGCACCAGUACGGCAAGACCGUCUUUGACUCCAACAUGAAGUCGAGCGUCUCGACGUCGGCGCUCAUCGGCGCUGUCCUCGGCCAGCUCGUCUUUGGUGUUCUCGGUGACAUUUACGGCCGCAAGAACUGCAUGGUGGCCACGUGCGCGCUCCUCAUCAUCGGCGGUAUCCUCUGUGCAGCGGCCUACGGCGGCUCGGACCUCGGCACGCUCUGGUUCCUCGUCGUCGCCCGUGGUAUCCUCGGUUUCGGUAUCGGCGGCGAGUACCCGCUGGCUGCGUCGUCGUCGUCGGAAGAUGCGACGUCGACCGCCGACCGCAACCGCCGCAACCUCUUUUCGGCCUCGAUUCUGUCGGUGAUUGGCGCCAACUCGACGCUCCAGACGAUCGCGCUCCAGAACGUUUUGAUCUCGGCCGUGGCGCUGCCGGGUUACUACGUUGCGUGCUUUUUCAUCAACAAGAUGGGUCGCAAGCUCAUCAUGCUCCAGGGUCUUACGUGGAUGACCAUCAUCUUUUUCGUGUUGGCGAUCUGGUGGGACUCGAUCAAGGGUCAGAGCGCGCUCUUCAUCAUCCUCUUUGGCCUCACGCUCUUCUUCUCCAACUUUGGCCCCAACAUGUCGACGUUCGUCAUGCCCACGGAGAUGUACCCGACGGCCAUCAAGAGCUCGUGCCACGGCUUCUCGGCCGCCAUGGGCAAGGCGGGCGCGGCCAUUGGCUCGUACGGCUUUGCGCACUGGGUGAAGGCGCCCGGCUUUGGCUACGUUGGCACGUGGUACACGUUUGCAGGCAUUUGCUUGUUGACGCUUCUCCUCACGUGGUUUUGCAUGUUUGACAACAACGACGGCGACAUGUCCAACAUUGACAACGAGUUCAAGGCCAAGCUCGCGCUCGAGACGAACGAGACGCGUCAGUCGUUUGUCGCGGGGGACGAGCCACACGAGUUUGAAAAGGACGUGGGCUACAUCAAGGCGUAG